UAUAAAACCAAGGCAACGGAGUUGAAUGGUCCAGACUUUGAUUGGAUGAACUCCCCUGUUGACUCAAGGGCCUUAUAUGAAUGUUCUUGCGGUAGACCACAUGGAAAAUGGGCAACAUUUAAUGGGAUGGUUGAUGAUAUAUAGUGAGGCCAUGGCUGAGAUCAAGAGAAGAUCUACAUCUUCAACAGCUAACAAGCGUCGACGACAAGAAGAAGAUGACCAUGAAAGAGCAAGGCUGAUCGAGGAUGCUCGUAUAGCAAAGGAAUAUGCGCAACGAGUGCUGGAGUGGAGUAGUGGCCAAGACAGCUACAAUAACACUAUAAAACUUAUUCUUGAGAGUGUUAUCCAGCAUACUGGAAUGCCUCUACCUGUUGCAAUUCCACAUCCACCGCCGCCGCCGCCACCACCUACAUACGGAGUUUAUCAUUUUGCAGAUCAAUCUACGGUGAAUGCUCGUAGCAGUGGCUCAGUUGUUGGAGCUGAAGGAGAGAAUCAUGCUGGGACUGCAACUGUUGGAGCCGGAGAAGAGAAUCAUGGUGGGAUUGCAGCUAGAGAGGAGAAUAAUGGUGGUAUUGCAGUUGGCGAAGAUAAUCCAGAAGAAACUUUGGCCAGAAUUUCUCUAGGCAUGUUUGGAGGGCAUAUUAAUGCAUCUGGCAGUGCAGUGGAAACUACUCCCCUCCUUUGGAAGAGCUUGGCCCAUUUUGAUUUUAGAAUGUUUGGAAGAAUUGCACUGAAGUGUGAACCUUGAUGCAAGUGUUGAAUGCAGCUUCUUUGUUCUUGGAUAGUUUUGUUUCAUAUUAGCUAGCUGCAAGCCCUCUAUUUUGGAACCUGAUGGAGGCUAUGACUUCUUAUGUAUUGAAUUUCUAUGAAACUAUGACUCUAUUUUCCAUGAA